AUGGACCAAUCUUUGAACCCUACCCCUGACCCCACCUCCCCUACCUCCCCCCCAAACACUCCCACCCCCACCCCUCAUGAAAUCAUAAAGCCCACCCCCUCAACAAACCUCCUCAUCACCCAAGAGUUCAAAGUGACCAUGUCCACUGCUUCCCCAAUGAGUAAUGCAACCCAGAGUGACCUGAACAACUCCAUUCAUGCACCAAGUAACCCCAUGGUGGACCAACCCAUGGACAUGUCAUCUAACCCACCCACCACACACACACAAACCACUGAGGAAGAUACUAUCCUUGCACACCUUGCACUCACAGAAGUGAACAGAUCAGUCCUAAGCCAGAAUGGUGUGAAUUACCACACCAAUCUCCCACAAUUCAUGCCUAUGCCAAUUGGCAGCUUCCCUAGAGUGCAUAUGGCCCACUUGGCCCAGAUAUUUGAUCAUCUAGACAACAAAGUACUUUUAUCCUGGUUCCAGGUAGACCACCCUAAGUUUAUGGUCCAAGUCUUCAACCAAUCAGGAAAAGAUGUUGCAGAGAGACCCACAAUUAUCACAGAAUGA